AUGGCGGCCUACACAUCGUCUUUGGCAACAAGAUGUUUAGGUAGAUAUUUAAUAAAACACACUCAAAACAACAUUUGGAUUUCCACGAGCAGCAUUGCAAAAGGCUACACAACAAGCACAUGUAAUCCAUCCACAUCACCUUUGACCCCCUUGAACAAAGCCAGGGCAGACACCUCGGCGUCCACCAGAACUAUUGAGCAGCACUAUGACAGUCUCAUCCGCUGUGGCUCGCUAGUGGAGGACACUCAACAAAUAGAUGCUCUACAUCAGCUGGGGCAACUGCAGAAAACCCUGCGAGGGUAUUCCAACAGCAUCUACCUGACCCCACCCAAGCCUAAGGUGAAGGAGGCAAAAGACAGCAAAGCAAAUCAACAGAAAGUAAACGAUUACAAACUGAGCAAAACUGAAGGGGAUGAUGCUCCCACAGAAGAGGAGGAGCGCCAGCUUCCCCUACCACCACCCAGAGGGUUCUAUAUCCAUGGUGAUGUUGGCACAGGGAAGACCAUGCUUAUGGAUAUGUUUUACUCUCACGUGGAUAACGGACGUAAGAAAAGGGUCCAUUUUAACAGCUUCAUGUUGGACAUCCACAAAAGGAUCCACCGGAGGAAACAAAGCACUCCUCAACGGAGGCUGGGGAAAAUGUUCACCUAUGACCCCAUCUCGCCGGUUGCCAUGGAGAUCAGCAAUGAAACCUGUGUCUUGUGUUUUGAUGAGUUUCAGGUGACUGACAUCGCUGAUGCGAUGAUUCUGAAACAGCUGUUUCAGACGUUGUUCAGGACCGGGGUAGUGGUGGUGGCCACCUCCAACAGGCCCCCUGACGAUCUGUACAAAAAUGGACUUCAGAGAGACGCCUUCCUGCCUUUCAUCAACGUGUUGAAGGAAUACUGCCAGCCCAUGGGCGUAGACUCUGGAGUUGACUACAGAAGACUGGACCUGCCUUCAGCAGGGAAACUCUACUACCUCACCAGAGAGCCUGAUGCGGAGGCCUUCAUGGAUACGCUGUUUCACGAGCUGGCUGUGAGACAAAACAAUGUAAUGGGUCCCAGGGUCCUGACGGUGCAGGGCAGAGAGUUGAGACUGGAGAAGACCUGUGGAAACAUCGCUGACUGUACCUUUAAAGAACUGUGUGAUAGACCAGUGGGUGCUAGUGACUACCUGGAGAUGGCCCAGGCGUUUGACACAGUGUUUAUCCGUCAUGUCCCCAUGCUUACCCUCACUCUGAAGGAUCAGGCACGGCGCUUCAUCACACUGAUAGACAAUUUCUAUGACAACAAGGUGAGGGUGGUGCUGUUAGCUGAUGCCCCUCUGGACAGGCUGUUUGUCCACUCUGGAGGGGAGGACGACCGUGACCGCAUGCUACUGGACGACCUGGGCCUGAGCGGGGAUGUGGGGGACCAUCUGUCUCUGUUCACAGCGGAGGAGGAGAUCUUUGCGUUCCAGAGGACCAUCUCCAGACUGACCGAGAUGCAGACAGAGAUGUACUGGACUCAAGGGGACCGCAGUAACACUACAUACACACAGAGAGGAUCACAGUAAAGUACCCCCAAAGACCUCACAACAAAUGAAGGGGAUGGGUAACCAACAGCAACUUCUCUUUUAGACUGAAGUAUAAUAUAACCAGCAAGAACACCUCAUAAAACACAAACAAUUGGUACAGUAGGGCUCAAUCAAUUAUAUGCCUUUAGACUGGAGUAUAACGUGACAAGCUAAAACACCUCGCAACAGACAGUCAGUCAGAGAGAUAGAGGACUUUUGUGCCCAAAAGCCAGUUUUCGCAAGUAGUCAACUGGGUGGGACUUCCUAUGGGUUAGGGAAGGAUCACAUGAUUCCAUCCAGGUCACCAGGAAAGAUCAGCCAAUGAAUUAUACUUGUGAGGAAACAUUUCAUAACUGCAGGUGGCAGUAAAUCGCCAACCUUGUAUUUAUACCUGUUCAAACAACACACUCUAGGUGCCAUAAUGGGACAUACAAUGAUGCAAAGUCUAUGGAACUAACCAAUAAACACUCAAAACUUACUGACCUAUCUCCCUCACGUACUUUAAAGGGAACUGACGGAAACAAGAGAAACUCAUUCAUGUCCCAUAUUAGUCUUCCUAAAACAUACAUGGAGAACAGAGGGAGGCAUAGCUACUUAAAAACUGGGUGGUUCGAGCACUGAAUGCUGAUUUGGCUGACAGCCGUGGUAUAUCAGACCAUAUACCAUGGGUAUGACAAAACAUGUCUUUUUACUGCUCUAAUUACAUUGGUAAGCAGUUUAUAAUAGCAAUGAGGCACUUCGGGGGUUUGUGCUAUAUUGCCAAUAUACCACAGCUGAGGCCGGUGUUCAGGCACUCCGUGUUGCAUCGUACGUAAGAACAGUCCUUAGCCGUGGUAUAUUGGCCAUAUACCACACCCCCUCUGGCCUUAUUGCUUAAUUAGCUAAUUAAGCAAUAAGGGACGACACAUCUUCAGUAUGCGCUGAAGGGAUGGAAAUAUGAACUGAACAUCUUGGUGGAUAGCUACCGCCCCCUAUGUUUGGGUUUGAACUGUGCCACUAAAAAAUAUAAAAUGAAGUGCUGUACAUGUAAUUACAAAAUACAUAGAUCAAGGAAGAAAUAGCAGUGAGUAUACAUGAGGUAUGUAGCCAGCCAUCUGCCCUGUAAAAAUGCUAAAUGUAAUGUAUUUGUGCCUACUGUGUAAUAAACCAUGCAGUAGAAUCUAAAGGUGAAGAGAAAGGUGUCUUGAGCCUUUUCAAGGAUGAAACUGCAAAGGAAAAAAAUACAUUAUUACUUAACUAUUUGUCUUAGGAAAUGUUAGAUGUGUUGGGUGAUUUCAGAAAGCAAAAGAUGCACACUAGUAGCUCUAACAGUGUUGUGUUCGAGACCACCUAAAGCCCGAUUCAAGACCGGGAGGGGGGCGGGAGGGGGAGGUCUGAGGCAAAAAGCCAGAGACCAGAAAAGUCCAAUUCAAGACCAUGAUUGUAAUUUUGUCAAAUUACCACCAUAAUAAGAGUUCAAAAUGUCCAGUAUUUCUGGGUUCAUAUUUCAGAACAAGAAAUUAAUUCUUUAGACAUUCAGAAUAGUGGAAAAAUGCAUGCUAAAGGAGAAAAUAAAGCCACUCUACAAAUUGUUACUAACCCAAACAGUGGGGAACAAUGGGGCCUUUAUAUGCCUUCAGAGAAGGGCUAAGGAUUCAUAAAAUAAUGAUUAUAAUAGUAUAACAAUAAUAAUUAUAUUAUUAUUUUCAAUGAUGUUCUGAUUUAAUCUCUUCAAUUUUUGUUGGAAAGGGUUGGAGUGACAGUGGAAUCAACCAAUUGCAUUUUGACUUAAUGAGUGGAACUGUAUUUACAAAAACAUAUGGAAACUUCUGCCUUCUUGAAGGCCAAAAGGUUACUGUGCAAUAGCGAGCAGUAGUUUUCCCUAGCUAGCUUUUGUUGUUGGCUAGUUUGCAGCAGGUGUUGUCGAAGAGGAUGUUGUUGCUAAUUUGUUAACUUCUUGUUGGAAGUUAUUCUUGAAAAGGGAGAAGCUAAAUUUCAAAUGAUCAUCUGGUGAGUGGAACUGUGUUUUUUUUAUUGCAGUGGUGUUAGCCAUCUCUUUGAUGUGUGUGAAACAUUGUUGCAUUUAAAGUGGAACUGACAACAUUUUAGCAACAUAAAAUCUUUUCAUAUACACCCCCA